AUGGACAGGCAGCACCGCAAUCGGCAUCGGCAUGAGGACUUGACCGGCGGCGGGCGCGCCGGGGUUCGUGUUCGUCGCGGCGGCGGCGCCGACGGUGGCGCGAUGGAGGCGAGCCGGCGCGGGCGGUUCUACCACCACGACGGGCCCGGCGCGGCGGCCGUCCCGGUGGUGGACCAGGCGGACUGCACGGCGCAGAUGUGCCGGUCCUGCGUGGCGGUGACGAUGGCGGACGCCAUCGCGCUCGGCUGCUGCCCCUGCGCGGUGGUCAGCCUGCUGGGGCUGGCGUUCGUCAAGGCCCCGCUCGCCCUGGCGCGCCGGUGCCUGCGGCGGCUGCGGCGGCGGCGGGGCGAGCUGCGGCACAAGAAGCGGGUGCGCGACGUGGACGGCCCCGCCGCCAAGGCCAAGUGCCGCCGCUCCGACGCCGCCGCCGGCGGCCACGGGGCGAUGGAGGCGCUGGACGCCGCCGACGCCGCGUCGAAAGGCGCGUGGUGGGGUUUGGAGGUGGACGCUCGCGGAGAGGCGGCCACGCGGGCUGCGAGGGCGAGCAACUCGUCGUCAGCGUCAGGCAGGCUCGACGCGGAGAAGGUGUGGAUGGAGAUGUACCGGGUGGGGCACUGGGGGUUCGGCCGCCUGUCCAUCUCCAUGACCCCGCCCCCGGCCGUCAGGCCCGGCCGCAGCCCCGACGGCGACGGCGACGGCGGCAGAAAGGACGUGGACCUGCGGUGCGAGUCGUGA